UACACAACAGCCUCAAGCUCAACAGCAACAACAUCAACAUCAACAGCAACAACAGCAACAACCACAAGCUCAACAACAACAAGCCCAAUCUCAACAACCACAACAACCUCAACAAGCAACACCAAAACCUCAACCUCAACGUACAGUUAUUACUUUAACUCAACAACAACAACAACAUUAUUUAACAUUGACAAAUCAACAAGCACAACAACAAUAUUUACAUCAAAUAAGAGCACAACAACAACAGGCCGCUCUACUAUUACAACAACAACGUUUACAACAACAACAACAACAACAACAACAGCAAGUACAACAACAGGGUCAACCAAACCCACUAAUGGGUGGUGCAGCAAAAACUAUAUAUAUGUCAACUCAACAAGGUGUUCCACAACCACAACAAAAUACUAUACAAAAGAUGCCUCCAAAUGUAGGAACAGCCCAAAUGAAACCAAUGCCACAAAAUCAACAAAUGUACUCACAACAAACAGGUGUCCAACAACAACAACAACAACAACAACCACAAGUUAUGAAUAUUGCAAAACCACAACCAACUGUACAACCCCAUCCUCAAGCAUUACAACAACAACAACAGCAGCAACAACAACAACAACAACAACCUCAAACAUUACAACAACAACAACAACAACCAAGACCAAUGGUUGGUGUAAACUCUCCAACUCCAAUUACAUCAUCUACAACAAUUAACGCAAAACCAAUGGCAACAACUACAGCAACAACCAAUCCUCAAAUUACUCAAGCACAAUUACAAUACCAAAAACGUCAACAACAACAAUUACAACAGCAAAUGCAACAACAACAAAGUGCAGGAGGUGUAGCUCAACAAUUACCAUCGUCAAUCCCACAACAACCACCAAAACCACAAAUCCCAACUCAAGUAACAACACAAACUCAACCAUUACCAAAUACACCAACAACAACAACAACGACCACUGCAAGUACCCCACCAACAACCACUACCGCCACAGCAACAACAACAACAACAACAACAACCACACCAACAAUAGCACCAAUAACACCAUUACCAACUCCAACACUCCCAACUCCACAAUCACAGGUUCAGGCACCAACUAUUCAACAACAAAUACAAAAUAUUCAACAACAACAACAAGCAGCAGCAGCAGCAGCGGCACAAACUAACACCACAUCUCAACCUGUACCAGAAUCAAAACCGGUUGAUAUUCAAGCAAAAGUUCAAAACCAUUUCAAUGCUUUAGCAUUGGCAUAUAGAAAUCAAAAAAUCGAUAAAAAUAUUUUGAUGGAACAUUUGGUUUUGUUGUUUGGUAAUAAUAACGCAUUGAACUAUGCCAAGAAAAUUGAUGAUAUUCCAACUGAAAAAGUUCCAGCUCUACCAAGAGAUUUCGAUUUAGAUAAUAUUCUCAGAAGAACAUCCGAACUUCGUCAAUUAACUUUACUCUAUCAAAAAACUAGUCAAAGUGGAACAAGUAAGCCAGCAGCCGAUGGUCCAAAUGCUACUCCCCCCGCUGCAAAUGGAGCCCAACCAAAACUACCACAACCAAAUGGUACUACACCUGCACCAUCCAAUGCACAACUUUCAAAAGAACAAAAGAAAGAAUUGGCAAAACAAGAGAGAAUGAAAAAGAAAGAAUUAAAAGAAGAGAAAAAACAAAGAGAGAAAAAAGAAAAAGAAGAAAAAAAACUUCAAGCUCAAAUUGCUUUACAAGAACAAAAAACAAAUCAAGAAGCAGAGAAUGAAGAUGAUAAACAAAAUAUUAAAGAUUUAAAUGAUGUUACUAAAAUUGCAAAUAUUGAUAUGAAAAAUGAAUCAGAUCACUUUUUACCAGAUACAAAUGAAGAAGAAGAAACAUAUACACCAGAAACUGAACCAUUAUUUUUAAAUUCAUAUCCAUUAAGAAAGAAAAUUCAAGCGAUUGCAAUUAAACAUGGAUUGAAAUUAAGUGAAGAGAAUCUUUUAGAGUUUGUAUCAUUGGCAACUCAAGAUCAUCUAAGAACGAUUUUAGAGUUUUUAAUUAAAACAUCUAAACAACGUGUUGAGAUGCAAAAGGAUGAUUUAAUACCAACCAUUAUCACUAGUGAUGUUAAAAAGAAAUUAAAUGCAAUUGAAAAGAGAGAAAGAGAGGAGAGAACUAAGAAAGAGAAUGAAGAACAAGAGAGAUUAUUAAGGGAAGCAAAGGAGCAAGAGGUAACAUCGUCAAAAAAGAAAAUUCCCAUCAUUGACGAUAAAAGUAGUAAUGCAUUAAAGGAGAAGUAUGCAAAAUUUCGUUUGGAGAAAGAAGAGAGAGAAAGAACAUCCGCUGCUAAUUCAACAGCACUUCUCGCAGUUGGUAACAUUGGUAAGAAAAAACCAUUGUCUGCUCCAUUCAUGAAACCAUCCAUUUUCUCUUUAGGUGCAAAUCCUCAAAAUAUUCAACCACCAAUUCCAAGUUCACAAUUGAUCAGUUUCCAACAAUUAAUCAAAGAAGGUAAAACUUUAACUUCAGAACAAGAGGUACAAUAUCAACAAUCAAAAGAAAAUCAUGAAAAUCUUUUAAAGCAAUAUCAUGAAAAAAUUGGUACAAAAGAUUAUCAACCAAUGGAUGUCGAUUCAAAUUCUACUUCAUCAACAAAUCCUUCCUCAACCGUUGGUGGAAGAGCAGGUAUUAAUAACAAACACCCAAAUCGUAAAAUCACUAAAAAAGAUUGUUACUUUUCUCAAAAACAUAUUGGUUAUAAUGUACUCCAAAAAUAUGAACUUUUAAAACUUAGAAAAAGAUUUAAUCCUCAAAAUUUUCCAUUUUAA